AUGGAAAUCCGGCAAGCCGUUAAAGAUAACAUGCAUUGCUCAAGCCUCUCUCUUCACGCUCCCGCCAAACUCCCAUUGCCACCUUCUCUCAGACCUCAGAAAAGCCCCGAUUUUGAUUCCCUCAAUAACCGUCUGAUCAGCCACAUCAAUGUGGGUCAUCUCCGCAAAGCAAUCACUACCCUUGAUCUCAUGGCCCAGCGCGGGACUCACCCAGAUCUCCCCAUCUACUCCCUCCUCCUCAAGUCUUGUAUCAGGUCCCGGAAUUUCGACCUGGGCAGACUUGUCCACGCCCGGCUGGUUCACUCACAGCUCGAUCUCGACCCGGUCGUUCUGAACUCAUUGAUUAGCUUGUACUCAAAAUCUAGGGACUGGAAAAUGGCAAAUUCAAUCUUCGAAAAUAUGGGAAAUAAGAGAAAUUUGGUUUCUUGGAGUGCCAUCGUGUCUUGUUUUGCGAACAAUGAUAUGGGAUUGGAAGCUAUUUUGACAUUUCUUGAUAUGCUUGAAAAUGGGUUUUACCCAAAUGAGUAUUGCUUUGCAUCGGUGAUUCGGGCAUGUUCGAAUGCCCAGAAUAUUCGGAUUGGGAAUAUAAUUUUUGGGUCAGUAAUCAAAAGUGGGUAUCUUGGUUCUGAUGUGUGUGUUGGCUGCUCAUUGAUCGAUAUGUUUGCAAAGGGUAGUGGAGAGUUGGAUGACGCAUAUAAGGUGUUUGAGACAAUGCCUGAGACGGAUGCUGUGACUUGGACUUUGAUGAUUACUAGGCUUGCACAAAUGGGUUGUCCAGGAGAGGCUAUUGAUUUGUAUGUGGAUAUGUUAUGGAGUGGGCUCAUGCCUGACCAGUUUACACUAAGUGGCGUUAUAUCAGCUUGUACAAAAUUGGACUCAUUGUCGUUAGGGCAGCAAUUGCAUUCAUGGGUUAUACGGUCUGGGUUGGCUUUGGGUCAUUGUGUUGGGUGCUGUUUGGUGGACAUGUAUGCCAAGUGUGCGGCUGAUGGAUUGAUGGAUGAUGCAAGGAAGGUAUUUGAUCGGAUGCCAAACCAUAAUGUUAUGUCAUGGACUUCAAUCAUCAAUGGAUAUGUGCAGAGUGGAGAGGGUGAUGAGGAGGCAAUCAAACUCUUUGUUGGAAUGAUGACGGGUCAUGUUCCACCAAACCAUUUCACGUUUUCUAGCAUUUUAAAGGCUUGUGCAAAUCUUUCUGAUCUGCGUAAGGGUGAUCAGGUUCACUCCCUGGCAGUGAAACUAGGCCUUGCAUCAGUUAAUUGUGUGGGAAACUCACUUAUUAGCAUGUAUUCAAGGUCUGGCCAGGUGGAAGAUGCCCGGAAAGCUUUUGAUAUUUUGUAUGAGAAAAAUUUGAUAUCUUAUAACACAAUCGUUGAUGCAUAUGCCAAGCAUUCAGACACAGAAGAAGCCUUUGGACUUUUUCAUGAAAUUCAGGAUACAGGAUUUGGGGCUAGUGCUUUCACAUUUUCUAGUCUCUUGAGUGGAGCUGCAAGCAUUUGUGCAGUUGGUAAGGGUGAGCAAAUCCAUGCCCGGAUUAUAAAAUCAGGAUUUGAGUUAAACCAAGGCAUUUGUAAUGCUUUGGUUUCCAUGUAUUCCAGGUGCGGAAACAUAGAUGCUGCUUUUGCAGUGUUCAAAGAGAUGGAAGAUUGGAAUGUUAUAUCAUGGACUUCAAUGAUCACAGGUUUUGCAAAGCAUGGAUAUGCAGCUGCAGCUGUGGAAAUGUUCAACAAAAUGCUUGAGGCUGGAUUAAAACCGAAUGAGAUCACGUAUAUUGCUGUUUUGUCAGCUUGUAGCCAUGCGGGUUUGGUUGCUGAGGGAUGGAAACACUUCAAGGCAAUGCAGAAGAAACAUGGUAUCGUCCCAAGAAUGGAACAUUAUGCAUGCAUGGUAGAUUUAUUAGGCCGCUCAGGAUCCCUUGUAGAAGCCAUUGGGUUUAUUAACUCAAUGCCUUUUACACCUGAUGAACUAAUCUGGCGAACAUUUCUUGGAGCCUGCCGAGUACAUGGUCACAUAGAGCUCGGGAAACAUGCUGCAAAGAUGAUUAUUGAGCAGAACCCACAUGAUUCGGCAGCAUAUAGUUUACUGUCGAAUUUGUAUGCUUCCAGUGGUCUUUGGGAAGAAGUAGCCAACGUAAGAAAAGAUAUGAAAGAGAAGUUUUUGAUCAAAGAAGCAGGUUCUAGCUGGAUAGAGGUGAAAAAUAAGAUCCACAAGUUUCAUGUUGGGGAUACUUCACACCCUAAAGCACGGGAGAUUUAUGAUGAACUGGACAAAUUGGGUUCAAAGAUAAAGAAAAUAGGCUUUGUCCCCGAUACAGAUUUUGUACUUCAUGAUGUGGAAGAGGAGCAAAAAGAGUAUUAUUUGUUUCAACACAGUGAGAAAAUAGCUGUGGCGUUUGGUCUUAUUAGCACAUCAAAAUCGAAACCCAUUAGAGUAUUUAAGAAUCUCCGUGUUUGUGGAGACUGCCACACUGCGAUUAAGUAUAUUUCAAAAGCUACUGGGAGAGAAAUAGUGGUAAGGGAUUCAAAUCGGUUUCAUCAUUUCAAGGAUGGGACAUGCUCUUGCAAUGAUUACUGGUGA